CAAAACUUAAAGCAGUCCACCACAUUUGUUGGUUGUAGUUAAUUAACAAUUCAUGUUAUAUAACAAUAUAAUCAAUCAAAGAAACCAAAAAACAAGUAAAUUAAAUUGGUUUAAAAAUGAAACAUUCUUUAAUCAGCAUUGAUUGCUUGUGAAUCAGUCACAAUAUGAUUCAAGCUUUGCAAAAGAAGUGUUUUUGAAAGAUGGGGGAUUUAAAAACACAAUUGGACUUGAAUGCAAAUCCGUAAGUAACCAAUUCCAUGUCAUGACUAUUUGAUAGUUGUAGUUUAUUGUGCUUAUGUGAACAGUGUACAUUCAGAUGCAAUUUGUUGGAUGUGUGUUAUGUUUAAACCCAGAUUUUUUUUUUAUUUAUUAUGUAGCUGGUUCAUUCGCUUUCGAUUAAGUUUCAAAUAUACACUCACUGAGCACUAUAUUAGGACACUAUGGUCCUAAUAAAUUGCACAACGUGGUCUGCUGUUGUGGCCCAUCUGCCUCAAGGUUUGAUGUGUUGUGCAUCCUGAGAUGCUAUUCUGCUCACCACAAUUGUACGGAGUGGUUAUCUGAGUUACCAUAGCCUUUCUGUCAGCUCGAACCAGUCUGGCCAUUCUCCGUUGACCUCUCUCAUCAACAACAGUAGUGGUGGUGUAACAGGAGUUGUGUCCUUGAGCAAGGCACUGAACACCACGUUGUUCCGGGGGGAUUGUCCCUGUAAUAUGUGCACUGUAAGUCGUUUUGGAUAAAAGCGUCUGCCAAAUGCAUAAAUGUAAAUGUAAACAAGGCAUUUCAGUCUGCAUAUCUGCUAUUAAUUGGAUGUUUUUAGAUUUGGUUUCAUUCUGAGUAAACUCUAGUAUUUCUGCAACCGCUCCUGGGAUUUCUGCAACUGCUAAAAAUCCCAGGAGCAGUUGCAGAAAUACUCCCAACUUCUAACCAUACCAUAUGUAGUGGGAAUUACUUUCAUCCUCUCCCUCAUCUGGUCUGUAUAUCUGGUUUAUAUUAUAGGUUUAUAUCUGUGCAUUAAUCUAAUGCCAUCAAUAUUGGUUUCUAUGUAAGCUCCAGAUGAGUGCAUGUGUCAAAUUGACGUCCACAUGAAUGGUCGGACCCAGGGUUUCCCAGCAGAUCAUUGCCCAGAACAUCACACUCCCUCCACCGGCUUUUAGUCUUUCCACAGUGCAUCCUUGUGCUAUCCCAGGUAAACAAUGUAAUGUAAUGUCCAUCUAUGUGAUGAAAAAGAAAAUGGGACUCAUCAGACCAGGUGACCUUCUUCCACCACUCCAAGGUCUAGUUCCGAUGCACGCGUGCCCAUUAUGGGUGCUUUUGAUGGUGGACAGGAGUCGCAUUCUGACCAGUCUGCAGCUAUGCAGCACGUCGUUCAGGUCUUUACUCCUGCCCAUUUCUUCUGCAUUCAGCAUGUUGACUACAUCAACUGAUUGUUUGCUUCACAUCUAAUCCACCCAGACCUUGACAUGUGGCCUUGUUAGAAGAUGAUCAAUGUUAUUCUUUUCAUCUGAAGUGGUCAUAAUAUUUUGGCUCUUCUGUGUAUACAGUAUAUAUAUAUGUGUGUGUGUGUGUGUGUGUGUGUGUGUGUAUUGUUUGGUCAAGUGCUCAUGGAAAAGAUGUGCCUUCAGCCAAUUUUUGAAGACCGAGAGCGAGUCUGCUUCAUGGAUGGAGUUGGGAAGUUUGUUCCACCAACAAGAUUUGAUGGACGUGACCGGGAAAAGUCAAGAACUGAAUGAAGUGAAGAAGGACCUCUCGGAUCAGACACAUCAUGAUUUCAAAACUGGACAAAUAUCUUUUAGUGGUUUACAGACCGAAAAGAAUAUCUCACAAAAAAAAACUCAAGACAAAAAAUCUUUCAUCUGCCCUCAGUGUGGGAAUACGUUUACACGUAAAACAAAUCUUACUAAGCACAUGAGAAUUCACACUGGCGAGAAGCCUUUCAAAUGCCAUCUGUGUGAGAAGAGUUACAGAGAGGCAUGUAGUCUCAAAGAUCAUCUGUCCUUCCAUUUUGGAGAAAAGGCAUAUAUCUGUGAUCUAUGUGGCAAAACAUAUUCUUCACCAUCAGUCUUAAGAACACACCGGAAAAUUCAUACAAAUGAGAAGCCUUUCUUGUGUUCAUUUUGUGGAAAGAGUUUUGCAUUUCUGCACAGUUUAAAAGACCACAAGAGAAAACACACUGAUGUGAGAGAUCAUGUGUGCUCUGAGUGUGGGAAAGCCUUUCACAGAGCUUGUGACUUGGAACAGCACCAAAGAAUCCAUACUGGAGAAAAACCUUACAAAUGUUCAUAUUGUGAAAAGAGUUUCACUACUUCAGGAAACCUGAAAAAACACGAGAGAGUGCAUACUAGAGAGAGGUCAUACCACUGCACUUUAUGUGGGAUGAGUUUCAUUAGGUCAGGAAACCUUAAAGCACAUGAGAGAGUGCAUACUAGGGAGAGGUCAUACCACUGCACUUUAUGUGGGAUGAGUUUCAUUAGGUCAGGAAACCUUAAAGCACAUGAAAGAGUGCAUACUGGAGAGAGGCCGUACCAAUGCACUUCAUGUGGGAAGAGUUUCAUUAGGUCAGGAAACCUGAAAGCGCAUGAGAGAAUUCAUACUGGAGAGAGGCCGUACCAAUGCACUUCCUGUGGGAAGAGUUUCACCCAAUCAGGCUCUCUAGUGACUCAUAUAAAAAAUCAUUGUCCAGGGUUGUCGCAGUGAGCAAAGUUCAUCUUUAUUUGCCUGGCGAAUAGUAUGAAAUUAAGGGGGGAAAAGAAGAUGUAAUUUCUCUCAAAAUAACAGUUACAAUUGUAGUGCUGAAUGAGCUGGCCUUCUGAGCUGAAGGACGCUUGUACUUUCUCUACAAGCUAAAAAGAAGUAAAAGUAUUAGUUUUAAAAAAACUGUUUAUGCUGUGAAAUGAAUUUUUGUAUGAAUAAAAAGAUCUAAUUAUUCUAUUAGUCUAUUAUAUCACCAUUCAAUACAUGCUGUUUGCUGUAAUACAUGUAGAUCUGAAAUGACUUUCAUCCGCUGAAAUAAUUAAGAGACUAUGAUUGGUCUACUACUAAAUACUCUAUACUAAAAAAUAUUUCUUUAAAAUUAGGUUGUUUUGCUCAUUUCAGUAUUUCUGCUGUGCAUUUGGCAAAAAUCAGUGUAGGUUGGGCAUGGGCAGCUUUUGCGUUUAACACAGUGAUGAUAAUAAUAAUAAUAAUGUAAUUUAUUUUAUCUUAUAGCCCAGGCCAAUCUAUCUUGUUUAGUGUGAUGAAUGAACAUGAUAUUUGCUUUCACUAUUGUUUUAAUCAUUAAACAUUGUAUUUACCCUGUAAAUACUUAUGAAUACUUGCAGAUAAACCUAUUAUGUGCAAGUUUCUAGAUGUCCACUGCCUCCUGGUGAAAGUCUCUGUGCUUUUCUGGAAGUAGAAGACCUUGUAAUAUUUCAAAAAUGGUUGGCUACAUAGUGUGAUGCACAUGUCUUUUUGCUUUGAAAUUAUUGCUGAUAUUUAUUAAUGAGUAUUUGCUUAACUCUAGAACACACAUGUAACUUUACUAGGGGUGUACUCCUCUUCACUUGUUUUCUUGGUGCAUUCGAUUACUUAUAAUGCCGAUUCACACGCAUCCAUCUAGUUUUCUUCUUUGUCCCCAUGUCACAUGUUGUUGUCACUUUCCAUUGCCCUUUUAGCAGGUAGUCUGUUUAAACGGAGUGGACAAUUUAAAAUUGUCCAAUUUCACAAUUUGCAUCUAGAAGCCACUACAAGGUAGUUCCUCGUGAAAAGAUGUUUUUAAUAUACCGAUUUCAUAGCACAGUGAUACACAUAUUAAUUUGUUUAGCAUGUAGCCAUCUAUAUAUUAUUUUGAAGAAACAAUUAAGGAAACAUUUAUUGAUAUAUUGCAUAUUUCUGUGUCUUUUUCUCAUGUUUAAUUAAGUAUAUUUCAUCCCCAUCAUUAUUGAAUUCUCAUUUUAUGUUUUUAAAUUAGUCUUAUUUUUUGCAAUGCAUAGACCUACUAUUGUAGUAUUUUGGUUAAUUUGCAUUGUCCACUGAGGCUGUAGAUUCUUCAAUUGAACUCAUAUCAGCCAUAUCAGGAGUUUUGCCUCUUAAAUUGAUAAGUCUAGUACAAUGCAAACAAUGUGUUGUGGAUAAAACCAAACCAAUCUCAUGAAAAUUCGUACAAGUUGGCUAAAACUUUCGUAUGUAAUCGUUCAAGUUUUAGAAGUGCAAAUCCCUGUCUAAUGCAGAAAUAAGUGAAUGUUCCGUGUAUAUUAUUUUUAUGCCCCAACCCAAACCAAAUAUCUAAACCUAGCUAUAUAGAGUCCCUAAGCCUUUUUUUUUUUUUUUCAAGUGUUAAAAAGUAUGUUGUGUAAGUUAUUGUCUCGUUUUAUAUGAGAGAGAGUCACCUGAUUGCCUGGUGUAUAGGUCAUACGAAUUUGUACAUCAUCCCAAUGGUGAAGUACGGUGGAGGGAGCUUAAUGAUUUGGGGCUGUUUUGCUGCUUCGGGGCCAGGAUCGUUUGCCAUCAUCGAAGGAAAAAUUAAUUCCCAAGUUUAUCAAGCUCAGAAGAUGGUGGGUGAUACAGCAGGACAAUGACCCUAAACAUCAAAAGUGAAUCCACUACAGAAUGGCUUCAAAAAAAGAAACUACACCUUUUGGAGUGGCCCAGACAACCCAAUAGGGAUGCUGUGGAAUGACCUCAAGAGAGCCGUUCACACCAGACAUUCUAAGAAUAUGGCUGAGCUGAAGCAGUUCUGUAGAAGAAGAAUGAUCCAAAAUUCCUUCUGAACAUUGUGCAGGUCUAAUCUGCAGCUACUGGAAACGCUUUGUUGAGGUUGUUGUUGCCAAAGGAGGAUCAACCACUUAUUAAAUCCAAGGGUUCUCUUACUUUUUCCACAGCACUGUGAAUGUUUAAUGGGAUGUGUUCAAUAAA